UUCAGGAUAUGAUUGAUGAAAUGGCUUUCGCGGAUGAAGAAGAGUUGAUAGAAGAAGAUGAUGUGAUGAUAAUCGAUGAUUUCAAAGUUACAUCGAGUGAGGAAUCAACGUUACCAAGUAAAUCAAGUGAUGAGAGCCUUUUUGAACCGGAUGAAAAGAAAAGAAAGUAUUCAGUAGUACCACUUGAUACCAAAGUAAAGGUUAUUACUUUAGCAAAAUUACACCCGACUUGGACAUUAAGUACAUUACAAAAAAGAGGUUUCCAAUUAUUUAAAAGGAAAGAUCAAUUAAUUAAUUGGGAAAGAGAUAUACAAAAGGGCAGAACCUUGUAAAACAAAUGACUGAUUUAUUGGAGCUAGGGAUAA